UCCUAAAUAGAUUUAUCCUUCACUUCACUUCACUUGUCGUCAUUCUACUAUUUUUAAAGUCGCGAGUUCCUUUUGUGUAUGUUACGGAAAAAUGUGUGAAGUCUAGUAUUUUAAAGUAAACUUUAUUUUUGUGGUGUAUUGAGAAAAGUGUUAUUAAAGUAAAUCGAGAUGGAAAAGUUGACUGGUCCUAGCAGUGGAGGGACAUCACAAGUGUCUCCCAUCUUUCCAAACUUCCAGACUGAUAAGCGUUUCUCGUUCAGGGAUUCACAGGAUUUUUCAUUGUCAUCCGUCAUCAAUUAUUUUAGUAAAAGAUUGGACGUAGCCAACAGUUCUUCCUCGUUCUUGAUGCAUGUGGAUGACAAAGAGAACGACACAUCAGAAACAUUAAUGGCUGUGCCGGAUUGUCACACAACAGAUAUGGAUGUAGAAGCAAAGCUUGAAGUUCUCAGAAAAAUGUCAGGAUUGGAUUAUCAGUGUCGAGAAUCCUUAGGUCAAUCCUUCCUCACCUCAACAAGAAUGGAAGAAGGUGACGGUGGUAUGAAUAUUGAGGACUCGUGGGACGAGUUUGACAAAGUGAUGGAAAAGUCUCUUCCGGCAAAAGAUUGGGAGUUGGUGGAGUUUGAGGACCUUGCUCAGCGGUCAACUGUUCAAGUUGAAGAGCAAUUCAUGAGUGCUGACGAAGCAAAGCGUGAAAUGGAUAAGGAAGAAGAAUUUCGAGCUCAAUUCCUCCAAUCUGAAGAUGCUACAUUCGUUUCCGAGCAAAACAUGUCAUUUUCUCAUAAUCCACUGUCCAUGACUAACUACUUUCAAUCACGGUCCUCAUUUCCUGUCGACAAUGUUGCCAAUGAAUCAACAAUGCUUGGUCUAUAUGAAUCACAAAAUGAAAAGACCCUCGUAGGAAAUCGGGACACAUCCAUUGCGUCUAACAAUAACAAUAUGACGGAUUUUCUUGAAGAAUAUCUUCAGUCAAUCGAAAAGAAACAAAGCGAUGGAGCUACACCUGAUGUUCCGUCGGCUAUAGCAGUCCAAAAAUUCUUGAUAAACUCAAUGUCUGAUGGAGCUGACCAUAGCGAAAUUGCUAAUUAUAUUUUAGAGGCUUGCAAAGCUUCUGUCCAACCUAAAAAACCAUCCCGAUCCAAAACUCUUAUUACCUGCAUAGAUAAGACUGCAAAUAUCCUGGAUCCUCCUAUCAGUAAAAGUAAAAAUCCAACCCCACCCAUAAUUCCUAUUGAUUCAAUGCACAAGACAGCAAGUAUCUUAAAGAAGACUCCUCCUCAGUCCACAACUCUUAUUGCCUGCAGGGAUAAGACUGGAAGUAUCUUAAAGAAGACUCCUUCUCAAUCCACAGCUCUUACUGCCUGCACAUAUAAGAUUGGAAAUAUCCGUAUCAGUGAAAGUAAAAACCCAUCCCCGCCCACAACUCCUAUUGCUUCAAUAGAUAAGACUGAUAAUAUCUGGAAGAAUCCUCCUUCUCCGCCCACAAAUCUUAUUGUCUCAAAAGAUGUGACCACCAAUCUUGGAGAAAUUAGACAACCAACGUCUGCAGCUGUAAGGGUGAAAGCAUCAAGAAUAUCUAUCAAAGAAUCUAAGGAUAAAACUACAAGCAGAAAAAAAGUGCAAAUCGCCCAACAACAACCUUUACAAAGUCAUCCCCAGGUUACUUCGACCAUUGCUUCUGCUGCAGGUCCCCUUGGUCAUAAUUCAUACCAACAGUCAGUAGCUACUCAGUCUUCUUUCGGACCAGGUCUUGGACAUUGUUCGCACAUGCCGACAGAAUUUGGCCACCCACAACAACCAGGAUAUGCAUUUCCUUUCUCAAUUCACAUCCAUCUUCCGUCCUUUCCUCCAGGAAUAUAUCCUCCACAUCAUGGAACUCAUUCCGCACCAUUGUAUGCUACUUCAUCGGAUGGGGUGUCAUCCAUGUAUUCACAACACUCAUUGCCAAAAUAGAAAUUUGCGUAUUUAUUAUCCACGUGGUUUAAUAUAUGUAAUAAGUUCUUUUGCACCGUUUUGAUAUAUUUAAUUCUUAUUUACGAAUUACUGUAAUUUUAAUAAAUGCUUGUGUACAAAGUAUCAAGUGAGCUAAUUUUUUUAAUGCAAUUUUGAUCUCCAAAUUACUGAUAAAAGUAUCAAAAAUCCUGUAAAUAAUACUUAGGAAUUUUCAUGUUUAUUAUUAACGAUGUGAAUAAGAUGCCAGAAAAUGUCAUUAUUCUAAUAAACACAUCAGGUUUCCAAUAAUUGAA